GUUGUUUUUGUUGUGAAGAAUAUCUUCUUCAAAAACUUCCUUUUCUCCUCUGGAUUUCCAGUGAUCUAAUCUCCUAAAAUGUCUGCAACGUUCCGGCUGGCUAAACAGAAGUACUCCCAGAAUGAUCUGCGGCGGAUGAUGCAGGAGCAGAAGCAGAAAACGCAGAAAGCUGGAGAGAAGCCCAAGAAGAUCGACUCACCUUUAGCAAAGUAUAACGAAUUAGGCCAGCUGACGUGCAUUCUGUGCAAUAGCAUUGUCCGGUCGGAGGAUGUUUGGAAGGUUCAUGUCAAUGCCAAGCUUCACAGGGAGAAUGUGGAAAAGGCGAAGAAGCUGAAGGAGCAGACACACAAUUUUCAGGUUCCUGCAAAACGUCCAGCAGCUGCUGCAGAUCCUCAACCUGCCAAGAAACUCAAGGGAAUCCUCAAGAAUGCCAAUCCUCAGGCUGUCAGGCCGCAAGUGCCUUCGGGGGCUUCGGGGGAAUCCAGUAGAGCAUCAAAUUCUCUUCCGGGUGACUUCUUUGACACGGGGAAGGGUAAGUCAAGUAGUCAGGAGGGAGAGAAACCCAAGGAGACUCAGGAGGAAAUGGAAGUGGAUACUGCUGUCAAGGAGGAAGCCCUGCCGGAAGGUUUCUUCGACGAUCCGGUAAAGGAUGCCAAGGCUAGAAAUCAGGAAUACAAGGAUCCCGUUGAGGAGGAAUGGGAAAAGUUUCAGAGGGAAAUCCGGGAAGCUGCGACGGAGUCUAAUGCAAUAAUUGCUGAAGAUCAAGAGGAAUCCACAGCGGAGAGGCAAAUUGAUGAAAUAGACGAGCAGAUAAGGAAUUGGUCGCGUGUCCUGGACAUUCAGCGCAAGAAGGAGGCGACGGCGGCGGAACUGGAGCGCUCCAAGGCGAAAAAUAUGGACCUGGAUGACGACAGCGGCAGCGAAGGGCAAGAAUCCGAAGAAUUUGAUGAGUUUGUUGAUUGGAGGUCCAAGAAAUCUCAUCGCUAGUCUGUUAAAUUUUCCUCUAGAUAGAUAAGAUUUUGAUUAAAAGUCCUUUGUAAAUGAUAAAAA